AAAUACAACAGCACGUGUAUUGGGCGGUCACGGCCACGGUGUUCACGUGGCUGAGGAUCAACACUGAGCAGCGCUGUUGAAUGUUGGCACAUUACUACACAUCUAGACGCAGACUUCGACAAACCUCGCAGCCAUGGACCUUGAAGUGGAAUCAGCAGACGUGAUUCGUCUGAUCAUGCAGUAUCUGAAGGAAAAUAAUUUGCACCGCACUCUGGCGAUGCUUCAAGAGGAGACAGCAGUCUCUCUUCACACGGUCGACAGCAUCGACAGCUUCAUCUCCGACAUCACCAACGGCCAGUGGGAUAUAGUGCUGCUAGCAAUCCAGUAUCUGAAGCUUCCUGACAAACUGCUCAUUGAGCUGUACGAACAGAUUGUGCUGGAGUUGAUUGAGUUGGGUGAGCUGGGAGCUGCUCAAUGUUUACUAAAGCAGACCGACCCCAUGAUCAUGCUGAAGCACACUCAACCUGAGCGCUACUCGCACCUGGAGACCCUCCUCAGCAAGCCAUACUUUGACUCGCAAGAGGCAUACCCAGUGGGCAGCAGUAAAGAGAAGCGCAGACUGGCUAUUGCUCAAGCUUUUGCAGGAGAGGUCUGCUUGGUGCCACCUUCUCGUCUCAUGGCUCUUCUGGGCCAGGGCCGUAUAUGUGAGGGUGCUUUAUACAGGUUACAGGAAACCAAAGCACUACGGCAGUUUGGCUCACUAGCAAUGCUGUCGCUGAAGUGGCAGCAGCACCAGGGUCUCUUACCUCCAGGUAUGUCUCUGGAACUGUUCCGGGGGAAAGGUGCAUUGAAGGACAUGGAGGAAGAGCGCUUCCCUACUCAGCUCAGUCGCCUCAUAAAGUUUGGGCCAAAGUCCCAUGUAGAGUGUGCACUAUUCUCUCCUGAUGGACAGUACUUGAUUACUGGAUCUGUUGAUGGUUUCAUUGAAGUCUGGAACUUCACCACUGGUAAAAUUCGGAAGGAUCUGAAGUACCAAGCUCAGGAUAAUUUCAUGAUGAUGGAUGAUGCUGUUCUGUGUCUGGCAGUAAGUCACGACUCUGACAUGAUCGCAUCUGGAGCUCAGGAUGGAAAGAUACAGGUUUGGAGGAUUCUGAACGGGACGUGUCUGAAUAGAAUAGAACGAGCCCACGGCAAAGCAGUCACCUGCGUCUGCUUCAACAAGGACAGCAGUCAAUUAUUAAGUGGCUCCUUUGACCAGACCAUCAGGCUUCAUGGUUUGAAAUCAGGAAAGAUGCUGAAGGAGUUUAGAGGCCAUACGGCUCAUAUAAAUGAUGUCAUCUUCUCACACGAUGGCCAGCAUGUCAUUAGCGCGUCAGCAGAUGGCACAGUAAAGGUCUGGAGCAUGAAGACAGUGGAUUGCACUCACACAAUAAAAACCCCUGACAUUCCUGAUAGUACAGACAUCACUGUUAACAACGUUGUGCUUGUCCCAAAGACUCCUGAGCACUUCGUGGUGUGCAAUAGGACCAACACGGUGGUUGUUACAAACAUUCAUGGCCAGGUGAUGAGAAGUUUCUGUUCAGGUGUAAGAGAGGGGGCAGACUUUGUUUGCUGCACGUUGUCUCCACGUGGAGAGUGGAUUUAUUGCGUGGGAGAAGACUAUGUGCUGUACUGCUUCAGCACCAUCACUGGCAAACUAGAGAGAACCCUCACGGUACAUGAAAAAGACGUGGUUGGCAUAACUCACCACCCCCAUCAGAAUCUCAUCGCCACAUACAGCGAGGAUGGCCUACUCAAACUCUGGAAGCCUUGAGACUCUGGACACAUUUUUUGAGUUUUAUUUUCAGGAUUUGUGGUAUUCCUGCACACACACACACACACACACACGUGUCUCUGGCUUUAUACGCCUGUUAUGACAUUGGUCUUCCAUUCAAAGCUCUCAAAAAGAUUUAUGUUCCUGUUGAACAUUAGCAUCAUACCUUGAGAUGAAGGACCUCUUCGACAUCUGAAAUUAACUACAUCCAGUUAUGUAAUACUAACAUUCCUCUGAAGUCUCUAGUGGAAAACAAGAAAUACUGCAUGGAUGUACUGGUCUUUUAUUAUAAUUAAGGGCUUUGUGGUAUUGUCUGUGAUAAUAUCUGCAUGCAAGAUUUAGCCCGAUUGACAUUAGUGUGGUAAAUGUACAGGUUUUCUUUCCAGACCAUUCUUUGACAUCUUAUAUGUGAAUGGAUUUUCUUUGAUCAUUUUGGCCAAAGACAAAUAGUGUGUACUUGCUCAUAAUGUGACCUUGCACUAGUCUUGGACUCAAUGAGGACAUUUUCACAUAUGUGUACUUGUGUACAUUUAGAAUUCUGAUAUGUUUAGAAUUCAUAUGGUACAAUAUUGUGUUGAUUAUAAUGGUUUAGUGUGUUUUAACACUCAACCAAGCACAUCUACUUGUACUGCAUGCGGGUGAACAUAUUAUGCAGUUACUGCAAUACUUAUGAAGUAAUCAGUAUGGUUUGUAUUCUGAUAAUUACAGAUUAUUUUUUAAUCGAGGGUAUUCAGAGUUUUUGUUGAAUAUUGGUAUAACACUGCUUUACAGUGUAAGUCUCUGAGUAUCUUACUGUGUUGGUAAAUAACGUGCUGUUAUUGCUGCAGUUUAAUUAAAAUUCAAGCAUGAAUAAUUCAUGACUAUCUUUUCAAGAAGAUUUGUCAUUAAGAUGCAUCAUUAACUGGUUAGAUGUGUGCUUGAUAUUUGCAGUAGAUCUCCAAUAAAGCUGUAGAGACAUCUUGAUAUACAAAA